UCGCAAGCAAUUGACGACCAGUGCGUUGAGAGAGCGAACCGGUACCAGCAUCAGCAGGAGCGUGGACGAAGAUUUUAUGCUUUGACGCCCGAUGAAAGGAAAUUGGUCUCGGCCCUUAACAUUGCCGGUCGCAGGGGUGAUUGGUCCCAAGUGUCGCGUGUAUGGGGCAAAUACUCUGGGCAUGCGGUUCCAGCGCACGGCGCUGCCAUGCAAGCCGCCUAUCGAUGUGGCCGGUACGAGGAUGCAGCAGCAAUUUACCGCAGGCUGCGAAAUGUUCCAGGUGUGCGCAUUGACCCUGUCAUUCUGCAGCAAGGUUUGAAGAUAUUUGGUAAGCUGCAAGACGGCAAGGCAGUUGCGAGGAUCUGGUCAGAGGCCACGGCUGCCAGUCAGGUGAACAGAAUAGUAGCCGGUUCACGUAUUAAUGCAGCAGCGAGUAUGGGCGAUAUAGAAGGUGCUGCCGAAUGUCUGGAUUAUAUGAUCUCCCACCAGAUCGAGCCAGAUGUUCCGCCCUUCAAUUCUGCGAUCAAUGCCUGUGCAAAUGCUGAUCCACCGAAGGCGCAUGCUGCUAUGUACUUUUACGAUCUCAUUCUGAAAAAGAGCCUCCAGCCGACUGUGAUGACAUUUACAAGCUUAGUUCGAGCGCAUAGACUCACCAGAGCCGCAGACCUACGAGCGAUCCGUGCAAGCAUGGGCAAGCGCGACAUCAAACCCGACCAGGUUUUUGCGGAGGCCUUCAUGGGCGCAGCGUUUGGGGGAAGAGUGCCUGCCUCUGUGGCUCAGGUACGUAGGCACAUCGCGGAGAUGAGCCAGGAAAGACGCCAAGAGCUGCAAGACGCUCUCAACGAUUUCAAGAAAAUCCAAGUUAUGACGGGGCUGUGCUGGCUUGUUGACAGGGCGUGCUCCGGGCCAGCUUGA